GAAAAAAAAAAUAAUCAGGUGGCAGUAAGAAAAACUAAAAAAAAAAAAAAAAAAAAAAAAAACCGAAAGAGAGAGAGAGCAGUGUUUGAAUCUAAACGUGUGCUUUGCAUUGUGAUCUUAUCACUCUUUGGUUUGAUAAUUUACGUUUUCCGAUUUGCUUCGUGAAAUCGUUGAUCGGAGAGUUUUUCCGAUCGCCAUGGCCGUCGACAUUCAAACAUUGGAAGACAGGUAUAUUGGUUUUUGCAGGAGUCAUGGUGCUUCUCCUAGCCCUGCUAUUUUGUCAAGCUUCUACAAGGCUGAGGUCAAAAAAUCCCGUCAAGAGCUGUGCGUCCUGGAAAUUGUAAUUGAUGACAUCUGUGAUUUUGAUUUUGCUCCACUUCUUGACACGUGCAUGAACCUUGAUGCUUCUGAAAUAGAAGCUGUUGAUGUACGUAAUGAAUCAUCAUGUCUAUUAAAUGGAGAAUGUGCAUUUUCAUUGCUGCGUGCUAUUAAUCAAAAGCUUCGAGUAGUCGAACUGCAGGACGUGUCAUUUGGAAAUGACUUCUUACGGGAUAUCUCGCAAAGGGGUUUGGCAUGCCAAGUGUUAACAUUGAGGUCAUCGCGUUUCCGGAAGCUGAACUUGAUGGGCGAGUUCAUGCACAUGCACACACUUAAUCUUGAUUUCAGUUCUUCCCUCACUAGUUUUGAUGAGGACUGUUUUAAUUGCAUGCCCAAUCUAAGGUGUCUCUCAAUGUGCGAAACACGGAUUACAAAUCUUUGGACAACUGUUGCAGCUCUAUCUAAGCUCCCUUCUUUGGUUGAGCUAAGGUUUCAAUAUUGGCAGUAUUGUAGUGAUUCUGGGUCAUCUUUUAACUUAUCCAGUGGGAAUUCAGAUAGCACUGCUGAUUUUAAUCUGCUUGAAAGAGUUCCUUUUGUUGGUGAAUUCUGCACCGAUACAAGGGAACUGACAGAUCCUAAUGCUGAAGACCCACUGAGAAAUUUUUACUCAUUUGGUGAAGAAGCUAUAGAUCAUGAUAUUCAAAGCAUGGUUGAGGAUUCAUCAGAUGAUAGUGAAAUUGGUUGUACUAGGCAUCAUCAUAGAUCCUGGUUGUCAGAUGUGUUUCCUGGAUGGAAUUUACAAGUGCCUCUUCAGAAUGAGUUCACAUUACGGAAUGAAGAUGAAGAAGAUUCAUCACAAGGUUCUUUUACAGGCCAUAUUGCUGAUGUUUCUAUGAAGUAUAUGUCUCGUCAUGCAUCACCAAUAUGUCAUGAGAAACAUUACAGAGAAUUCAUGAUAGCUUCACUGCCAAAUCUGAAAAAUUUAGAUAACGUGCCCAUCAGAAAAACUGACAAGGAAAGGGCUACUGGAAUAUUUUCUGAAUACUUUGAAUAUCUUCCAUACAGAUGGAAGCACAAAGAGAGUGUUGUAAGUAUCUUACAGAAACGAGAAAUAAAAUCAGGCCACAUUAAGGUGCAAUCUUCUAAGCGUAGCCCACCGUAUCCUUCCGGAAAUUCCCAAUAUUUUUAUACGAGGUCUCUUUCUGCUGCUAAAUUGGGGUCUUCAACUUGGCCCUUUUUGCAUCCCCUUUCUCUAUUAGGAUGUGAUUUGGGUAAGGGUUUUCGUCCAAGGCAGUUUGAGUAUCACCCAUCUGACUCCAGCUUGAUGGUCUUUGGAACUUUAGAUGGUGAAGUAGUUGUGAUCAAUCAUGAGAAUGAACAUAUUGUGAGUUAUAUUCCAUCACUUGGAGCAAUGAAUAGUGUCUUGGGUCUCUGUUGGCUCAAGAAAUAUCCCUCAAAGCUUAUAGCAGGUUCAGACAAUGGUUCCCUGAAAUUGUAUGAUAUCCACCAAGUUCCAAGAAAAAUUACUAGCAUAUAUGGGAAUUCUGGUUGUGUUACCUUCGAUGAAUUUGACCAGUUGACAUCAGUUCAUGUUAAUGCUACGGACGAACUAUUUCUUGCAAGUGGUUACUCAAAAAAUGUUGCGUUGUAUGACAUCAACAGUGGAAAGCGCUUGCAAGUGUUCACAGAUAUGCAUCAAGGGCAUAUUAAUGUAGUUAAGUUUGCAAAUCAUUCCCCAUCAAUUUUUGCCACUUCAUCUUUUGAUCAGGAUGUCAAGAUGUGGGACUUGAGACAGAAACCAAUACACCCUUGCUUCACUGCUUCAAGCUCUAAAGGAAAUGUGAUGGUUUGCUUUUCUCCAGAUGACCAAUAUAUUCUUGCAUCAGCAGUUGAUAAUGAGGUUAGACAAUUUCUGGCUGUUGAUGGUAGGCUUCACUUAGUUUUCGAUAUAGCUCCCACCGAGAGUUCUCAAAAUUACACCCGUUCUUAUUACAUGAAUGGGAGGGACUACAUUAUAAGUGGGAGUUGUGAUGAACACAUCGUCCGUAUUUGCUGUGCUCAAACAGGGAGGCGCCUGAGAGAUAUUUCCCUGGAGGGAAGAAGUUUAGGAAGUUCCAUGUUUGUUCAAUCUUUGAGGGGUGACCCUUUCCGGGAUUUCAACAUGAGUGUGUUAGCAGCCUACAUGCGGCCAGGCUCCAAGUCUGAAAUUGUUAAGGUCAAUUUACUAGCAUCUAGUGGUGAUGCAGAAGAUGACUCUGAUGACCAGCGCCCUUGCCUGUCCCACAGUAUGGGAGCUUGAUGUGCGACUUUGUAUGUAUUAUUAUGCAGAAGUGACUUUCAACUUGUGUUCUGUAGAAUUAUGAUCACAAUUUUGGUUAAUAAUUAGUUCAGCUGAGGUUAACCUUACUGGUAAUGUAAAUCCAAUCCAACUAGUGUAAAAUAAAAGGCAUCUCUGUAAUGACUCAGAAGUUGCAGUGACCACAAACAGGUGUUUGUGAAACCUACUUUUGUAUGGUAAUAUAUGAGAUGAUAUGAUGAAGAAGCUGAAUAUGUGGUGUGGCUGUUA